AUGGCUCUCCUAUGUUUCCUUGUUCUACUCUUUUCGCUCCAGUCUGAUUGCUACAAAAUUGGUAGGCACCAUGAUCUGCAUGGUCUCAGUUCCAUUUCAGCUGUUCCCGCAAACCUAGUCGACGAAGUGGUUCCAGUUUUGGAGCUUGUGGAUUUCCGAUUCCAAGUGAUUCCCUAUGAAACGAAACCAUUGUGGAGAAUCAAACAAGAGAGUAUCUAAAUGUGAUGUCUGAUGGCCUCAUGAACAUUGUAUUUUCAGUCUGUAACUGUCUGACUCUCGGCACUUCUGCAAUUAUUCUCCCCGAACAAUAUGAAGGUCAUCAGGCCGCAGCAGCCAUUGUUCAGGUCUCCCCGAUUCCAAACACACUUCCGAACUCUUCCGGAUCUUUCAGAGCAUUGCCGACGAUACGAAUGUCCCCUGCGUGAGCCUCCAUCUCUCCCCUCCGACUCGUCCCUCCACCCACCUCCACCCUCAUCUCAAUGCCAAAUCACUCGCCGUCGCCGCUUUUAUCAAGCGUGAAAAGUGGAAGGAUGUCGUCGUGGUGUUCGAGGAGGCGGACGAGCUGCUUGAAGUGACCGACAUGAUCACGGCGGGACACUUCGACCCGGACUCGUUCUCUUCGCAACUGGUCAGAUUGAAGCAUGGAGAAGACUAUGGAAACGAGUUGAAACACAUAAAAAAUAAGUUGGGUGAGAUCAACAUCAGACUUUCACGGACGGUUUCAAAACGGAAAUAUUUGUGCAGAUCGCUACCGUAUCGUCAUAAACAUUCCGUUGCGAAGAGCACUUCAGUUUCUGGAGCAGGCCGCCAACAUGUCCAUGUGCGGGGUCCUUUAUCACUACGUUGUAAUGGACAUGGACUUGGUCACAGUGGACAUUGACAACCUUCGGGGGAUCGAAGAUUGUAACAUAACCUCAUUCGGAGUGCACGAUGUCAAUUCGGAAAACAUUGAAGACGCCCGUCUCGAAAUCUCUCACAAAUCUUCGAUCAAACUGCCAAAGAAAGGAGUUCCCGUUCGUUGUUUUCCUGUUCUUUCGUACUUUUUCUUUUCAGUACACCACUUCGAUCUGGAUCGAUACGCUCCGUCUUCUCGUCCGAUCCAUCAAAUCCAUAAAUAUAUGGGAGGAGCCUAGAUGUGGAGUGAGCUGGAAAGCCGGCGGAGAUAUAAAAAAGAAAUUCUUCGAGAGCCCGUUAGCCGGAAUAUCCGGAGACUUGCACUGGGCGCCUUCGGGAGAAAGAUCGAAUUACACGUUGCAUGUGUACAGAAGGAAGCUCAGUGAGCACGAGGAAGAUGGUCAGAAAACAAAAUGUUUCGUUUCAGCAUUCCAAAAGUUCGCGGAAUGGAACAGUAGCACUCGGAGAAUAGCGUCUUCCGAAGCGGUCGUCGUUGCCAAUUCUAGUGAGAAACUGACUUUGGAAGGGAAACAUCUGAAGAUAUCCGUCUAUUUGGAGGCUCCGUUCGUGAUGAUGACUGCGAACGGAUCCUACGAGGGUUACUGUAUCGACCUUCUUCAUGUAAACACGCGAACUUUACAUUCCACGUCAUAUGAAAUAUUCAGAAGAUUGCAAGCAUCCUAAAGUUCACGUACACUAUUCAAAAAGUGAGGGACAAUGCGUACGGUUCUAAAGAGUCAAAUGGGAAAUGGAGUGGGAUGGUGGGCGAAUUGCAGAGAGGAGUAGGCCAAAUCAAAUUAUCAGACUUAAAAAAUGGGGGUUCAGGAUGCCGAUUUGGCGGUUGCAUCACUGACAAUCAGCUAUGGGAGAAGCGAAGUGAUCGACUUCACCGUACCUUAUAUGCACCUGGGCAUAUCCAUUUUGUUCAAAGUAAGGCAUACUGAAAAUAGGAUUAUUCAUGCGAAAUGCUCUUAGAAACCUCGAAUAACUGAUUCGGACUGGUUCAAGUUCAUGGAUCCACUGAGCACUCAAGUGUGGAUUAUGACAUUCGCCAGCUACUUCGUCGUAUCCGUUGCCAUUUGGAUAAUUGCCAAGUCAGCCUAAAAAAGCCUAGAAGGUUGAAAAUUCAAUCAAUAAUUUCAGAAUCAGUCCCUACGAACAGUUCGAAAGGGACGAAGACAGCGGCCAGUACAAACCAGUCGACAAUCAGUUUUCGCUCAGAAACUCGUUCUGGUUCACAGUGUGUUCCCUCAUGCAACAGGUCCCUAUUCUAUUGUUCGUCCGCCAGAAUCUCUGAUUUCAGGGAAGCGAGCUGUGUCCUCGCGCAGCCUCCACCCGGCUGCUCACUGCCAUCUGGUGGUUCUUCGCUCUCAUUCUCAUUUCCUCCUAUACUGCCAAUCUGGCCGCUGUGUUGACGACCAGAAGGAUGGAGACGCCGAUUGAGAAUGCGGACGAUCUGGCCACACAGACUAAGAUCAAGUACGGAACACUCGGAAGAGGAUCCACCAUGUCGUUCUUCAAUGAAUCUAAGAUUGAGACUUACGAAAGGAUGUGGCAGUUGAUGAGCAGCUCGCCCGGUCUCUUUGUGCAUUCGUCAAAGGAGGGAAUCGCCAGAGUCAAGGUCUAGUACUUUUAUUACAAGACUUUUGAGCCUGACAGUUUUGAAGAGCUCGGACUACGCCUAUCUGAUGGAAUCCUCAAUGCUAGAAUAUGCAGUAGAAAGGGACUGCGAGUUGAUGCAAAUCGGAGGGCUCAUCGACCAGAAGGGAUACGGUAUCGGACUGCCGAAAGGAUCUCCCUACAGAGAACUGAUAUCCACUGCGAUUCUCAGAUUACAAGAAAAGACAGAGCUCACAGAACUGAAAGAGAAGUGGUGGAAGGUGCAGUGAAAACUAGAAUGCGAAUGGAAAAAUGUCUGGUUUAGGACAAAAGUGUCGUUUGUGAUCAGCCGAAACGGAAAGAUCAAGACGACGGAGAGUCAAUUGGAGGAAUAUUCAUUAUUUUAGUUGGACGCUAUGUCUCAUGGCUUCUUAGAUUAUUCUUACAGGUUGUUGGCCUUGUUCUGACUGCAGUGCUCGUCAUAUUCGAGCUCAUAACCACUAGGAAACCGUCACCAGCUCAAUCCCAAGUUAUUCGCCACGUAAACGUCAUUCCAACAUUCAAAUUCGAGUUCUUCAAGUAA